UUAGAAGUACUGCGUUCAUAUUCUCCUAAAUAAUUAUGCAUAGUCUUUAUAUUGCUUCUAAUCCCAGAUAAACACAGUUAUUAGCAUAUAGAAAGAAUGAAAUAGCAACGUAGGAAGAUAAACUGAUGGCGAGCACUGGAGGCUGUACAGAUCUGUGUUGUCUAUGAUCAGCUGACUCUGACUGACACUACCACAGCACAGCAUACAACAUCGCUAAUUCAACAGUACACGGCGGUGCUGCAUCAGAUUGACCGCAGCAAUCUCAGUUCCCACUCUCCCUGAAUACUUCCAUUAGUAAGAUGUCCUCAAGGCCCGGAGAGGGAGAGUAUGAGCCCCUUGCAGACCGUCCACUAUUUGGCAAUGGAGAGGCUCGUCCCAGGGAUCGGAUGGUGAACAUUGUGAUAGUGUGCGUGACAGUCCUCCUUGUUUUCAUCACCACCAUAAGUGCAUUUGUAUCUGGCUCAGCCAUCCUCGAUCUGUUCUUCGUUGUGUGCAUCAUUCUCUUCUGCAUCUCACAUCUCACUUUGAUUGUUUGGUAUAGACAUGGAGACCUGGAUCCUAAGUUUAAGAAACUUAUCUAUUUCAACACAUUAUGUAUUAUUCUUACAUGCAUUUGUGGAAACAUCUUCUUUCACACUUGAAAGAUGGCAUGUUAACCAUAAUGUGAUGUGCCUGAUCUGAUACUUCCUCAUGUUUGGUGGAGUUGAAGGAAAUGUUUUCAUUUGUACUUUGGAAGUGCCUGCUCUUACCAGGACAUUGCUCCUAAGCUUUCAUGUGUACAGUGUCUUGUAGGGUUACUGUAAUGGAAAAGGUUGUUUCUAAUAAUGUGAUCAUAGGAUAUAAAUGGAGAGAGAGAGAGAGAGAGAGAGAGAGAGAGAGAGAGAGAGAGAGAGAGAGAGAGAGAGAGAGAGAGAGAGAGAGAGAGAGUUUACCAAGUGAAAAGUUAGUUUUCUACUUUCUUUUUUAAUGAAACUACAUGAAAACAUAUUUCAUGAAAAUAUUUGUAAGAAAAUAUACAUUUUGUUUUCAUAUAAGAAUAAAUAUAGCAUAAGAUUUGAUGUGGUAAAUAAUUAAAGUUGUGGUAAAUAAUUGUAAAUAAUUAAAGUCACUGGUAGUGCAAUGGCAAUUCAAGUUUCUUUAUUCAAUUUGAUAGUUGGCUACCAACUCCUCUUUCAAAGAGUGUUUUGUUCCUCUCAUAAUUUAGUACUUUAGCAUUUGAUGGAUGUGCAUAUAAUCAUGUGGUACAAAAUGUACAUGCAUGCAUUGCAAGAUGUGACUGAUGGCCACUCAUAAUAUUCUACUCAUCUAUUUGUAAAUGCAUAUGAGUGAAAGAUAAAAGUGAAAAUGUAAUGGCAUUGAAUUUUAUGAAGAAAGGUUAAGCAGUUAUACCAUUGCUGAUAUAUUCUUUGUGACCACUGUACUGAAGGGAAGGGACUGAGGGGAAGAAUUGGGCAAUAAUUUUGAUUAUUAUUUUUUUUCGUUUGCAACAAAUAUUAUUUUUCUUCAGUCUGAAGCUAUGUAUGUAAACAUAGUUGUAUUUUUGUAUAAUUUUUUAGGUGAAAGAUGGCUGUAUUCUGUUUUUUAAUUUGUUUAUAUAAACAUAGAUAGUGUUCAUAUCUUAUAUUGUAAGCAAUUUUUGUAACUACAGAAUCUUAUAAUGAUAGUGAUCAUUAUCUUUGCAGAUACUGUAAUUUCCUUGAAACAUGUAUGCAGAAAACUCUUUGGGAAAAAUAAAUAUACAAUAGAGUACAUGACAACACAACUAAAAUUUUAAUAAAUAUAUAAUCAAAAUAAACCAAAAUUGGCACAACAAAACUCACCACUCAUGUGAGCACUGAAAUUUUAAUAAAUAUUCAAUAGGAAUAAUGAACCAAAACUGGCAAGACAAACUUGCCAUUUGUGCAAGCACUGAAAUUUUUAUCAAAAUUUAAUCAGAAUAACAAACUAAAACUUGCAAGAUUGACACACCAGCUGUGUGAGCCACUACCCACCUAUUGGCCACCUGUCCCUCCCUCCCUUUUUACCUUUCCUCUCCUUUCUUUCGUCUUGUCUCAAACCUUCCUCCCUGUCACCUCCCCUCCCUCUUAUCUGUCAGAGAUAAGGGACAAGGGAGUGAAAUUUUGUUUCUCUCUCUCUCUCUCUCUCUCUCUCUCUCUCUCUCUCUCUCUCUCUCUCUCUCUCUCUCUCUCUCUCUCUCUCUCUCUCUCUCUCUCUCUCUCUCUCUCUCUCUCUCUCUCUCUCUCUCUCUCUCUCUCCCCCCCCUUAUUCAUUUUAUGUCAUUUUCACUUAAUCCUUUCUUACUUUCUCACUCAUAAAUAAUUCCACUCAUUCUCAAUCAGUCUCAUUCUAUUUUAAGCAAUCCUUAGGAUUGUUCUUACUUUCAGAGAGAGAGAGAGAGAGACGGCUCCGACUUAUGUGAGGUUUACUGUAUGUAUACACAUGACACUGACAUUAAGUAAAUGUGACUGAUAUUUGUCAAAGUGGCACGAAACUCGGGAUGGUAAGAAUAUGGGACUAGGCUGCAAAGACAGGAGGGUAUUGUACAUAUUUGUUGCAUUAUCUCAAAUGCAGUACAAAAUGUGCUCAUUCUGGUGUAUUUUUCUAAAAAUUGUGGCAUUUUUAUUAUUUUCUGGCUCCUUGGAACCAAUUAAUUUUCCCCAUAGGUUCUUCAGUCACUAUAAUGUACAUUUGCUAUAAUGAAUGCUACAUUGGAAUGAAUCAUGUUCAUUGUCACAUACCUACUGUAUUUGAGAUUUCUGAGCUCAGUAUUAAGAUUUUGUGUUUAUGUGAAAUUACUAAAGAUGCACAAAGUAUAUAGUGUUCAAUACAACUUAUGGAAACAAAAUCAUUGUAUUCAUUGUUUAAAUGUAGAGAAUGGUCAUUGGCUUUUAUUUUAAUUAGGUGAUGUCACUCAGAGAAAAUUAUGGAGUUUAUCUGCUUUGUGUACCUUCACUUAUAUGUAUUAUUGAGAUAAGUUACAUUUUCUUGCCUCUGCUCACAGCACUACACAGCAUCAAAACCAUCAACAUAAACUUAACACAAUUCCAUAAUUGCUUCAAGCAUUCAAGCAUUCUUCCCAGAGUCCCCAUCUGGGGAGGGGACCACAAAUGUCCCCAGGUCGGACUGCUAUUCUGGCAUUGACCCUAAGUGUUUUGACUUUUGGAAUAUUCACAGUCUUAGAUCUAAUUUUCAACCUGUAGAACACCACCUCCUCUACUAAACCUCAUCAUCUUUUCCUCACUGAAACUCAGGUGUCUGAGGUAACUGACAGUAGCCCCUUUUCUGUUCCCUCAUACUUUCUCUAUCCUCAUUUUCUAUCCAAAGUUGGAUGUUGUGCUUAUGUGCACAAUGACUUAACCUGCUCUCCUGCCCACACUCUUGAAUCUUAUGAGUUUUCCAACAUCUGAGUAUGAGUACAGAGUCACUCUUAAACUAGAUUUAUCUGUGCUCUAUACCUCUCACUUAACUCCUCUGACUAUAAGAAAUUCUUUGACUACUUAACUUCCAAAGUGAAACAUAUUUUGACUUUCUUCACUUUUGUGGUAUCUCCAUUCUUGGAGACUUCAAUGUUUACCACCAGCUUUGGCUUUCUUCUCCAUUCACUGACCAUCUUAGUGAACUAGCCUUUAACUUUGCUACCCCCCACGACCUAGAGCAAUUGGUGCAACACCCUACUCCAGUGGCAGCUCGUGUAUAGGCACUGUGGAACUGCAGUACCCCCUAUUUCCACGAUAUUAUUGAUAACAUUCAAUGUAAAGAGUACUUUUCUUUAAUCCUUUCUUUAUAAUUGUAUAUUAUAUAAUCCUUAACUUAAUGUCAGUAGCCAUACCCUAAUUUAUGAAAAAAAAAAUCUUUGUAUAGAACUGUGCACUUCACAGUUCCAGCAACACAGUGUUUGGCUGUUGUGCGCAUGCUCACAUGUCCGAGAUAGGAAGCUGCAUGCUAGGGAGAGAGAGCACUGUGGCUCAUGUAGUACUGACCGUGGUGUGAUGGUGGAAGGUAGUGUUUCUUUUUGGAUUUCGUCUUUAAAUGAAUGGAUCAAGCCUGAACUAUAACAAUUUAGGCUAUUAGUAAGUGAAAAAUGUUUGGUUUUAUUCUGUUUAGGACUUUAUGAAGUUUAUGUAUGAAUUUUCUUUUUGUAUGUUUGUUUCCUUUUGCACAAUUUUAAAACAGUAGUUAAAAAUUUUCUGAAGCAGCACCCCCACUAAUUUUAGCUACGAGCUGCCACUGCCCUACUCGUAUUCCUGACCAUCUUAGAGAUAUGCCCAACAUUCUUGACCUUUUCCUAACCUUUAAACCCCCUGGUUAUGCUGUUACCCUAUCUUCACCGUUGGGCUCCUCCAAUCACAAUCUCAUAUCUGUAUCUUGCCCUAUCAUUCCAAUCUCUCCUCAGGAUCCCCCUAAGCAGAGGUGCCUCUGGUGUUUUGCCUCUGCUAGUUGGGGGGACCUGAGGAGGUAUUUUGCUGAUUUUCCUUGGAAUGACUUCCGUGUCAGAGACUCGUCUUUGUGUGCUGAACACAACAGAGGUGUCUGGCAUGGAAGCGUACAUUCCUCACUCUUUUUCUUGACCUAAACUUUCCAAACCUCAGUUUAACACAAACUGUUCUCAUGCUAUACAUGAUAGAGAGGUGGCCCUUAAAAGGUUCUUGAGCCCUCCAUCACCAGAAUCUCAUGUGCUUUAUAUUUCUGCCAGGAUCCAUGCCAGAUCUGUUGUCCAACUAGCCAAAAACUACUCCAUUAAUAGAAAUUGUCAAAAUCUUUCAAGAUCUUACUCCCUUCAUGACUUCUGGCACCUAGCCAAAAACAUCUCCAAUAACUUUGCUUCUUCUUUCCCUCCUUUAUUUCAACCAGAUGGCACCACUGCUAUCACAUCUAUCACUAAAGCUGAACGCUUCACUCAUACUUUUGCUAAAAACUACCUUGGAUGAUCCAUGGCUUGUUUCUCCCUCACCUCCAUCCUCUGACUACUUCAUGGUACCUAUUGAAAUUCUUUGUAAUAUGUUUUCCAUGCUCUCACUGGCCUAAACUCUCGGAAGGCUUAUGGACAUGAUGGGGUCAUUCCUAUUGUUCUCUGAAACUGUGCCUCCAUGCCUGCACCUUGCCUAGUCAGACUCAACUCUGUCUGUCAACAUCUACCUUUCCUUCUUGCUGUAAGUUUGCCUACAUUCAGCCUGUUCCAAAAAAGGGUUACUGUUCUAAUCCCUCAAACUACCAUCAUAUUUGUCUAAUUUCCUGCCUAUCUGAAAUUUUUUAAUAUAUCCUCAACAGGAAGAUUCUCUUAAACAUCUAUCACUUUUCCAUCUUCAAUCUGCUUGCCAGCAUGGGUUCCAUCAAGGCUGCUCUACUGGUGAUCUGGCUUUCCUUAUUGAGUCUUGGUCAUCUUCUUUUAGAGAUUUUGGUGAAACUUUUGCUGUUGCCUUAGACAUAUCAAAAGCCUUUGAUAGAAUCUGACACAAAGCUUUGAUUUCCAGACUAUUCUCCUAUGGCUUCUAUUCUUCUCUUUGUUACUUCAUCUCAAGUUUCCUUUCUGAUCAUUCUAUUACUGCUGUGAUAGAUAGUCACUGUUCUUCUCCUAAAUCUAUUAACAGUGGUGUUCCUCAGGGUUCUGUCCCAUCACCCAUUCUCUUCCUGUUAUUCAUCCAUGAUAUUCUAAACCAAACUUACCCUAUCCACUCCUACACUGAUGAUACCACCCUGCACUUUUCCACUUUUUUCGUAGAUGUCCAACCCUUCAGAAAGUAAACAGGUCAUGCAGGGAAGACACAGAAUGUCUGACUUCUGAUCUUGCUAAAAUUUCUGAUUGGGGCAGAGCUAACUUAGUAUUGUUCAGUGCCUCAAAAACUUAAGUCCUCCAUCUAUCAACUUGACACAACCUUCCAGACAACUAUUCCUUCUUCUUCAAUGGCACUCAACGAUCCUCUCUCCUUCAGUUACCUGAAGUCAACUGUCUCCCUCUUCUACAUUGAACAUCCUUGGUCUAUCCUUUACUUCUAAUCUAAACUGGAAACUUCACAUCUCAUCUCAAGCUAAAACAACUUCUAUGAAGUUAGGCAUUCUGAGAUGUCUCUGCCAUUUUUUUCACCCUUCCAGCUGCUAACUCUGUACAGGGGCCUUAUCCAUCCAUGUUUGGAGUAUGCUUCAGAUGUCUGGGGAGGAUGGGGUUCCACCCAUACUGCUUUCUAGACAGGGUGGAAUCAAAAGCUUUAUGUCUCAUCAACUCCUCUCCUCUAACUGACUGUCUUCAGCCUCUUUCUCAUCGCCACAAUGCUGCAUCUCUUGCUAUUUUCUACCACUAUUCUCAUACUAACUGCUCUUUUGAUCUUGUGAACUGCAUGCCUCCCUUCCUCCCACUGCCUCACUGCACAAGACUUUCUUCUUUCUUUCAUGUGUAUUCUGUCCACUCUAAUGCAAGAGUUAACCAGUAUUCUCAAUCAUUCAUCCCUUUCUCUGGUAAACUCUGGAUCUCCCCACCGCUUCUGUAUUUCCACCUUCCUAUGGCUUGAACUCCUUCAAGAGGGAGGUUUCAAGACACUUAUCCUUCAAUUUGUGACCACCGCUUUGGACCCUAUUUGGGGACUGGCAUCUCAGCAGGCACCCCCCCCUUCUUUUUUUUUUUUUUUUCCAGUAUCCCUUCUGCACAAAAAAGAAAAAAAAAUGUACCUUGGAAGAUGUGAAAUAUAAUUAAUUGCUUCACAUACAUGUGAUACAGACAAACUUGUAACAGCUUCUUUGUGAAAUAUCUUGAUCCAGUCACUGGUAAUUACUAAUUAUUUUGGCUGCAGGUUUCACAAAUAGGAAAGGAAUUUUCCAAUAGGCAGUUACUCAAUUAUCCAAAGUGUCAGGUUCAUUAUUAAAGUCUAUGGAUCUUGUCCAUAAAAAAAGAAAAAUGGCUUGAAUAUUAAAGUCUGAAUACUUAUACACUGUUAAUAUAUUUUGCAUGUGGAAGUCUCAAUUGAGGUAUCAUUUGUGGUAUAUCAUACCAUGUAAAUUCAAAGCAUCUGAUAGGCCAGUUGGAUAUUUUGUUUAUACUAUCUCUGUCAAUGAUGCCUCAUUCUCUGGGAAAAUCUCCCAAGGGAGUGGCCAUGGCAGGAUUGCUCCAGUAUCUAAUAUAACUAAAGAAAAAACUAACAAACAAGGUUAGUGCUUUGACUGAAAUUUUAGAUGGUCAGCACAAUAUAAAACAGCACAAAUACAUCUUGAAGGAUUUCAAUAAGAGGCAUCUAUUUGAUGGUUUUAUCUUAAACUGAGCAGUGUUAAAUUUUAUUGAUAAAUAGAUCUUGCCUUUGAUUUGGUCUAGUCAGUUCAGGUCUGAUUAAUAGUAUUCAAGAAUAAUGGGCAUUGAAGAAAGGAAAAUAGUGAAAUGAACCAGUGGAGGAUUCAUGCAUCUAUUCUAGUUGUUAAGGGAUAUGUUCAUCCUAAAAAAUUUUCUUCCCCUUGUGUAAUGAUAUGUAUAAUGUCUCAUCACUGUAUAUAGGUAAUAAUUAAAUUUAUACCAUUGACACAG